UAUAUGUAAUAUAUUACAUUUUUUUAGUAACGACCCCAUCUCUGGUUGUUUUACAGGAAAAGAGGUUGUAAGGCUUCAUCAGUCUUCAACCAUUCUUUUUUUUGUUACCAAUAAAACACACACAAUUUCACUAUGCUGCGUUUAACUUUUGCUUCUGCGUUUGUCAAUUCAGCAUUUGUUUCUUCUCAAAUCUGAAAGCUAGCAUCCAGCGUUGGCUUGUGAUAAGAGGAUCAUUACAAAUGUACAGGUAGCUGUUUUUAUUUUGAUCCAAGGCCAGAUGUAAAAGGAAACAGACACACCUUGAGUCCAACAAGUGCACCUUGAGCCUCGUGCCACCACGGGAUGUGAGGACUUUGGUAAAAGCUUCUGUGAAAGACAAAAAAGGAAAGUGUUAGUCCAAACCAUUGGAGGAGAAUCUCCCUCUUUCUCAAUUUCAGUCGACAGUGGAAAUUCACUGAGGCUUGAUUAUAGCAGGAGAGAGUGUUGGCUCAGCUGUGUGCUUUAAGAACCCAUGAUGUCAGAGCCUUAUUUUCCUUGGAGGGACUCUCAUCAGCUGCAUUGUUCCAGGAAACCAUGGCCUGUUCUCUGGGCAAAAAAAACUGCCCAAAAUGUGGUCCCCUCUUUUUGCACCCGCAUCUCUGUUGAAUGCAGCACGCUGGCCUCUGGCACAACUCAAGUCUCCUCAGCAGUAACACACAGAUAUCAGACAUCAUGCGUGGAGCAUCAGUGCAUCACAUUUCCUUCUGCUGCGCCACUGUUUUAUAUUUUCAAUUAGAAGACAAGUGAUAAAAGGCAGCAUGUCAAUACAGGGAGAGAAACGUAUGUGUUUCCCACUGAUCAUUAUAAAACAUUUCUGCUACUGAUGUCAUAGAGCCCAUACUUCUAAGGUCUCUUGAUGCAUAAACACUGUAGGUGGUGUGAUUAAAACACAGCAAUGGCAACUGACAGGUGAUGCAAGCAGCCAAUGAAGAAAACUCUCCUGCAGCUUUCCUCAAAUAAAACAUUUGAACCAUUUACGAUGCUGAAUCAAAUCUGAACCAAAUUACAACGCAUACAAACAAGACCAAAUAUGAAUAAGAGACAGCGCAAUCAGUAGUUAAAUCAACUUUACUGGCACACGUUGAAGAUUUUGCAAGCUUUGUUGUGGAAACAUAAAGAUUUAGAAAAUAAUGUUUCUGGAUACCCACCGAUUUCACAUCUGUUGCUCAUAAGAUUAUUUGAAUCUUGGCUUUUUUGCUAAUGUUCUUUGUUAAAGAAUUAUGGUAAUGGUUUCUAAGAAAAUUCAGAACAUGGAGAAAUCACCGUUACCAGAUUAUGUCCUUCACCACGGCUCAAAGUUCAUUGAAUAUUCCCGAGUGUGCAAAGGAAGAGGAGCCAAGAAGCUUUGGAUUUGGAGGCAUUGAUUUGUCUGCUGUCCAUAUCAGUACGUUAAUGCUGCCUAUAUCAGGAGAAAUAUGGGGAAAUGGGAAGGGAUAUUAUCAGGAGAGAAAGAGCGAAAAAGGUUACAACAACAGAGCAUUAAGCUCACAAGUUCAGUUGUGCUUCUGCUGGAACGGCCGUGCCCCUGUGGAGUCAGUUCAGUUCUUCAGAAGUCCUCGCCCUCCAACAAUAAUACUUACAAAAUAAAGGCUGACCGCUCCAAGUAAAAUCACUUCAGCUGAGUUCAAUAGCUAUUAUUCAUGCCCUGGCUCUCCAUCCCCUGUGCUACGGCUCCUGUGAUGUUAAUAAGGUAAGCCUUUUGAGCCGCGAAGAGCUAUGUCAACAUUAAGACCCUUUGGUUUCUGCUUGCCUCCGCCUUAAUAUUGUUAGCUGAUGAUGGUGUGGGAGCUUGUCGAUCAAAUGCUCCCAAGGCCUGAUUACAGAGCUGAAGCAUUAUCACAUUCUUAUUUAAAUAAAUAGUUAGUAGUAGGAAAUAUGUUUAUUUGCCUUCUUGUCGAGAGUUAGAUGAGAAGAUUGAUUCAACCAUCAGUUAUAUAUCUCAAAGCUCUCCAAUUAACAUCUUCUAUCAUGUUCGUUUAAUCUGUACUAUAACAAGUGUAUGCCAUAGAAAGAGAAAAAUCUUCAACCAUUCUAACGCCUCUGUGACGCUAUCCUCCCACCCCGCACAUUUCCACUGGAUUUUGUGGCACGGCUUUUCUCAAUGUGACUUUGGGGGGGGGGGGGGUAAAGCUAAUAUAGCCACAUUGACAAAGCUAACAUUGGGAAAAGUUGGUUUUAAGCAGGUGUAAUGUUAUCUUUGUUCACCAGUGCAGUUUAGCAUGUUAGCAUGCUAACUCUGACUCUCAAUUGUCAUUUCCUAGAAUGUCCUUUUAAAUGUAUUUUUCUUUUAUUGGAUUAGUAAAUUAUCUUUGGUCUCAGCAGUAGCUAAGGUUUAGAGGCUUUCAUUCAUGUAAAUGACCUUUGUGGAUGGUUCAUUGUAGGGUAUUUUUAAGCCAUGUACAACAUUCAGAGAAAAUUACAUUCUUUAACUUAUGAAAAGGCGUCUUUAAUUCAGCUCUGUCAGUGUAUGUCCUCUCACCUGCUGGGUUCUUUUCAGCAUGUGGAUUUUGAUGAAAAAGAUUGAUGAUUAUUUCCUGUCCUUUGACCUGAUGUGAGCCUUCUUGACGCUGCUCUGUGAUCCUUUCAAAAGUACAGCCCUCCAUGUUUCACCACCAUUAUCCAUUUGAAUUCAUCACAUCUCUAAACAGACACAAUAGAGCCAUUCACCUUCUUCCCCACGAAGGAACACCUAUCAAUGAAAUGACCUUUAAUCUUCCUGUGACCUUCGGUUUUUAAGACGGAUGCACCUCUGCAGGAGACAUGACGCUUUCUGACACGUAACAGUUAUAAUUGUAAGCAAAGAACCCUCUCACUGAAAAUAUAAAGACGCCUGUGAGCCCAGUAUCACCACUCGUCAGCUGAGAGAAGAUCAGUCAAACAGAACAGAACUAAACCUUGUAGAUACCAUGAUCUCUGUCUACUCUUUCCUGUACACUCUGGUGCUGUUCUCAGAGCUGAGCAGCCACUAUGUCACUGUAGCAAUGCCUGCAGCUAAAGACGGAGCGAUGGAGCAGGAUGGCCUCUUCCUGGAGGAUGAACCCAUGACUGAGCCCGCCUUGGUUCCCGCUGCCUACAGACGGAACUUUGUGCUGGACACCAACAAGAGGGAUGAAGACGGGAGUUCGAAAAUCAUCAUCUUCUCCGACAUGGGGCUGAGAGGGCAGAACCCGGCCUUCGCCCACAGCUUUCCUCUGCUCACAGACCGAAGCGUGAGUCGCACCCCCGCUGAGCACAUUUUGAAAAUUGACCGCCGAAACACUGACCUUGACAUUAUGCGAUGUAUGAUAGGAAGAGUGUACCGACCCUGCUGGGAAGCAUAAAGGCUCCCUCCACCCCACCCCGAGCUGCCCUCCUGCACUGAAAGUGCUGUACAAUUUCUUCUUUAUGUUACACUGAAAUACAUUCCCUUGUUGAAAAUGAGAGCUCACAAACAUGUAAAACAAAAUAAAAGUUUAUUAAAAGUGAAAA